UCCGUAUUGCACGCUCGCACUGAAAAACAUGGCGAUGGAUUUUAACGAUGUGUUGGAUGAUAUUGUGCUCUCGGAAAAUAAGUACCGACAGAUGGGCUUCACGCGGGGUUUCAGCCUCGGAGAGGAGGUGGGCUGGAGGGACGGCUACCAGCUGGGACUGCAGAGAGGCGCACAGAUCGCCACCGAGCUUGGCUUCUACCAAGGCUUUGUCCAUGCCUGGAUAACAGUGCUGGAACGAGAAGAAAUUGCAAAGCAGAGGAAAAUGGUGGCCCUAAAAGCGCUGCUGGAGAUGACGAAGAACUUUCCCAAGGUCAACAUCGCAGACGACGACAUGUUUGAAAAACUGCACAAAAUUAGGGCAAAGUUUAAGCAGGUGGUGUCCAUUCUUAACAUCGGCACCCAAGAUGCUGAACCACACCCCGAAGAGGACCACUCAUCCCCGCGACCCGAGAUGUCCUUCUGAUGACCCCGGUCUGCCGGGGGUCCCACGCAUCAGCAAGAGGUCGUCCCCACGGUUUCCACUCCUCCAGCCGCCACUGUGGUCAGCCCUACGGGCAGUCCGGCGCUCACUCCGACGAUCACAGUGGUGACUUCGACAGGCACUGUCGAAAGCAUCGCCGUUGACGAGAGGGAGCCUGCAGCACCACCAAAUCCAUCCGCAGCAUCGCGGGAGGUGCCCACAGCAUCAUCGAAGGUGCCUGCGGCAUUGCCGAGGUCAUCGGCGCCACCAAAGGCAUCUGCAGCACCACCAAGGGCACCGUCGCCAAUGCUGUCAUCGUCCCCGAACGCUCAAAGGGAGACAGACCAGAGCGACGUGCGCGCUAAUCCCGCCACCAGAAUGAACCAGCACCGACGGAGCCGGCGUCGCUCACGUGCACGCUUCUCACGGUGUUCGCUUGUCUGAGCCGGUUAGCCCAACGUCGCGCUUGAGUGCAUUCUCGGUAUUCUGGGCGGUGUCAGUAGUUGGAUUACUCCCUAUUUGCGAGAAAGACGUUCACGACAUGUUUGUCGUAGAAGGUGCAGAACAUCUUUUGAAGCAGCUGAUUGAAACAGUGGAGUGCUUUCCGUGUGGUACAGAAGCGGGCGCGCUUGUGUUUACGUUUGUUGCCUGCUUGGGGGGCCUUUCGUGAGACUCCGAUUUGGAUCCGGUGCGCGUCCCGACGGUAUGUGGGACUCAAAAGAAAAGGAUUUGGCCAUUUACAUUCUAAUAAUACAUUGAACGGUUUAUGGUAUUGGAAAUCCGAACAAAUCCCAGGGGUAGUCAAAGCCCAUAAAAGACAACUUGGAAAAAAACAAAAAAACCUUGACGGCUAAGAGUGGCAGUGGACACCUUUUUGCCACUCUGAGGUUGCUGUCUCUUACGUAAUGACUUACAGAAGGCUGGUUCUGAAGUUUACAUGUGUGAGGAGGUUACCAGGAAUCCAUACUCUUGAUUGGUUUCGAUAUUCAUCAUGCCUUCCCUUUUUCAUGUAAUCACAAUUGUUCACCUGCAUUUCCGCAAUGUUUUGCAUCAGCCAAAUUGCUACAGUACCGGAACAGUUUCAGGGAAAUUAACACUGCCUGUCCCGUUUGUUCACUGUAGUGUCGACUUCCUGCUCUGUGGUUGCAGGCAUUCUGGAAAGGGCAAUGUUGCAUCAAAAUAUUGCAGCUAUGUUGAGUGAGACUGCUGCACCGCCGUUGUGUUUAGAGUGUUGUGGUACUGUCACAAUUGGACUGUUGCAAUGCCGUUGCGACGAAACUGUAGCGAUAGCAUUGCAACAGCUUGUAUGGCGGCUGACCAGUGUGUCUCGUUUGCACCAUGUAAUGUCACAGAAACAUGAUGAUGUUCACUCCUACAUUGACACAUUGCACUUUUUACAUUUACACUGAUGCACUGUCAAUUUUUGCAUAUUUAUAAGGGCUAGUUGAAGGCCUCAAAACUGUGUCUGUAUACUAAGAGGUGAGCAGGCUAAACUGUAAGCAUUUUUGAUGGCAUGAACUUGGUGUAGCAGGAAUGCAACACUUGAUAAAUAGUGCUUGUACAAUUGAACGUUGGGGGCAGCAGCUUGUAAGGCAAUUUUCAUGAGCUCUUUAAUGUGGCAUUCAUUAUAGGGUAUGCUCAUAAAACAUAUAAACUGUGUUGUGACUUUAUAGCUGGUUGCUAAAUUGUAUGUGGGCAUUUAGCUACAUGUUGUAGCAAGAGAUGAUAAAGACUUAGCAGUGGGUAAGGUACAACCUUGGUGUAAUAGGAGGGCAAUGUUAGAAACAUUUGGUCAAUAUAUUAUGUGUCUGUUGUGAUUUAUUUCAGUCUGCCAUUUAUGGCAAGAGACUAAGGCAUACCUCUUCCUGGUGGAUUACUGCUGAUUUCAUAAACGUGUAAGCACAUUUCGAGAAUCAUUGCUGAGGAAGAUUUUUAUUGAUGCUGUGUGCAACACAAUGCAGUACAAAAAUGCAUCAUUAUCCAUCAGUAAGUUAGACUAAUCACCAGGUAUGUGAUGAAAAUGUCAGCCAUUAGCUUCAUCCUACUGUAUAUGGCCUAGAAGCCACUAGUUUGAAUCUUCAGUUUCGGUACUCUUCGAGAGCUAGGGAACCAGAGCCGUUCUGUAUCCAGAAACAUUUCAGCCUUAUGUAGACUGGCAAGGCUGAAUGAAAUCAUCACCUGCAUUUAAAUCUGUAGCCCAUAUACAAAUGCAUAUGCAUGAAGUGAGAUGACAAGGUUUUAUUUUGACAUGACUUGGCAAGAGUCCUGCCUAUUUCAAACUGGAAUGAUUUGUACUGAGUCUGCACACAAAAGAAAAGAUGGCACCACGACUGCCGCCUGCGAGUCAUGAGUUAUACCAUCAAAUUUUUGUUCUCUGCUUUCUAUUUUGUCACUUUUGAAAGGUGCCAUCUUUACGUCAGCUCAUGGGUCUAUCCUCUUCUAAACAUCUCAAUGUACUGAUGUUUCUGCUUUGAAUUUUACAUGAUGUGCAUGGUGGCUGUGUUUGUUGGGGCUCUAGGUAGAAUUGUCAAACACAAAGUUAGAGUCGAAGGUUUGUGGUGCACGCCAAUUUGACUUUGAUGACAAAAGCGCAGCGCGAAUGUCGCGAGAGUCCAAUCGGCGCGCUGCGUUAAAGGGCAACUCCCAUCAAUAUUUUUAAAUUUGGGAUUACGACUGUUUUUAGCUAAAGCAGUGUCCCUAAACUACAAGGUAUAAUUUUUUUUUUUUUCAAUAUUGUGUGUUUUUUUAUAGAUAUCAUGGGCUCAAAGUUUGGUUUCGGGCGUCUACAACAAAACAGAAACUACCUGCUACAGGGAUGGCAACACUGAUCAUCAGCCGUACUGCCGUGACAUGACAUCACAAGGGUGCUGCGAUGCACGGUACAACCAAUCGACUGCUGUUGCACUGCAACGAAACGUCGCAAGGGUGCUGUGCCAGUGUUCCUUGACUAAAGGUUAGCCCACUUGCCGCCCGCUAAAACACAGCUGGUCACAUCUUUAAAAUGGUUUUAGUGGAGUUUGUGGCUUCACUUUGACGUAAUAUUUCAGCUGUGAUCAUAUUGCGUGCCACUAAAGCAAUACCAGUAAUUUAUUUUGGUUUCAUUUUCGACCAGAGUUCCCCUUUAACUUUGGCCCCAACCUUGUGUUUGACGACUCUAGGGCCCCUGGAAAUAGUAAUGCAACUUCUUGCAAGGAUGCAGCACUUCCCAGUUUCUGCUGUUGUGCAGUGGACAGACUUGUCACUCUGUGGUGUUUACACUGAUCAUUUGGGGACCUUGUGCAUGAUCAGUGCAUCACUGCCAAUGGGGUUAGGCAGCUUUUCUAAUUACUGAACGUGUGUACAAAAACAUAAAUGACGGCUUUUGUGUAGAAGGGGCCACUGCCUUUUUACGGUGUUAUGGACUGUGGCUGGUUAAGCUGAAUUUAGAUUGUAAGCUUGACUUAACAUUGCCACGCUGCUGAGGUGGCUUCAAGGCAGGCUGACCGCAGAAUCACAAAAAAGGCAGGUGCCGCAGCAGGGUUGUGGUUAGUUGAGGAAUGGUUUGACACCAUUGUAGCAGGUUUCUGUUUGAAAUUAUGGUGGUCGAGUUCUGUGUUGGAAUGGCUUAGAACUGUGGUACAGAUGUGUGUCUAGAAGGGAUUUUGAAUUCUGUCACGGUUUUGAAGCUUGAUUCAGGGGAAGAAUGUUAGCAUCACAUGGUUAAUCGUCAGAGGAAAAAUCUUUUACUGUUGUUGGUUCCAGCACAUUGUUGGAAACAUAUAUUGUGUGUAUUCUGAUGACUCGUGUUCAUUUGCAAGAGUAUUUUCUCCAAAUUAACUUUGACACAUUGCUUACCAGAAACUUACCUAAUUUUCAAGGUUUUUUUUCUUCAACAUGUUAUAACACUGGUGUUGGAUCAGAUUGUAAGUUAUUGUUUGAAGAUGAAAGGAUGUUUCUGACGUGUUUAUACCUUUUAGCUAUAGCUUCGCAAUGUAGAGAGAAUCAGUUCCAGCAUACUUAUUAGUUAGCAAGUCAACGGAAGUAAAGACGUGAAACUUGAGCUCAAACCGAUUUUGUUUUUAAUGCACUUAUCCCAAGAAAACCAGUUCCGUGAUCAAGCAGAGUUUUUAUGUCCCUGCGGUGUGCCAAGAUUGCAGUUUUUGUUGUUGAAAAUGGGUGUAAGCUAUGGGUAAGGUAAUACUAGCUCUCAUGACUGAAUCUUAUUGCCUUAAUAAUGUAUGUUGACUUCUGCUCAUAGCAUGUGGUAUAUGCAUGGCAUAUGCAUGUUAGAUGUGACACUCCCUUCAUUCUUUACGUGAAAUCAGUUAUUACUUUUCCUAAAUUAAGCUUCAAAGCAUUGCACUUUCUUAACUUGGCUUUUGUUGUCACUUAUUGGUGGCUUUGCAGUACUCGUUGUCAUGAUACCUAUGAUCUGAGAACGGUAUUUUGCAGGGCUUACUAAAUCGAUGAGAAGUAUUUAAAUUUACGUCCGAACUCAUAAUUUCGAUUCGUAAACACGACUUAUUGUUGUCUGGCGAUUGUUUCCGAAAAAUCGGGCUUCAAAACAUCGAGCAGCGCUGAACAAAUAUUGUGUGUUCGAAACCAAAUUUUAGCAGUCUUACAAAACAAAUACGAAUAAAAUAAAAAAAAUC